AUGGACUAUUGGCUCAGCUCCUACCCAGAGGCCUGGGCUGAAACUGGGGGAAUGGGAAUGGCAAUACGCCAAGCCCCCAUAGUGAUCUCACUCAAGACCACUGCAAUACCUAUCAAUAUUAGACAAUACCCCAUGUCCAGGGAAGCUUACCUAGGCAUUAAACCGCAUAUCAAGCGGCUCCUAGAUCAAGGCAUACUGAUACCUUGCCGGUCACCCUGGAACACCCCCUUACUCCCAGUCAAAAAGCCAGGGACUCAAGACUAUCGCCCGGUCCAAGACUUAAGGGAAAUAAACAAGAGAGUGGAAGACAUCCACCCCACGGUACCCAACCCUUACAACCUCCUCAGUACCUUGCCUCCCACCCAUACCUGGUAUACUGUCCUAGAUUUGAAGGAUGCAUUCUUCUGCUUGAGGUUGAGUCCCCAGAGCCAGGCCCUAUUUGCAUUUGAAUGGAAGGAUCCUGAGGAAGGACUCUCAGGACAAUUGACCUGGACCCGGUUACCACAAGGAUUUAAGAACAGUCCAACACUUUUUGAUGAAGCCAUACAUCAGGACUUAGCUGAUUUCCGGCAGGGAUAUGCAAAGGGGGUCCUAACCCAGAAAUUGGGACCAUGGAGACGCCCAAUCGCCUACUUGUCAAAGAAGUUGGACCCUGUGGCUUCAGGAUGGCCUCCCUGCCUCCGGAUGAUAGCGGCAGUAGCAAUCUUGAUUAAGGAUGCUACUAAACUGACUCUGGGACAACCACUAACCUUGUUAACUCCACAUGCCAUCGAAGCAGUAAUCCGGCAACCUCCUGACCGCUGGAUCUCCAAUGCCUGGCUUACCCACUACCAAUCUUUAUUGCUGGACACGGACCGAAUCCGGUUCGGUCCUUUAGUAACUCUAAACCCAGCCACGCUUCUGCCCCUCCCCGGGGGACCCGUCCCCCACAAUUGCCAACAGAUUCUUGCAGAGACCCAAGGAACUCGACCAGAUCUGUCAGACCGACCCAUGACGGACGCAGAGUUGGUCUGGUUCACUGACGGGAGUAGUUAUUUGCUAGAUGGGGAACGACGAGCGGGAGCAGCCGUCACCACUGAAUCAGAGGUAAUCUGGGCGAGCGCGUUACCGGGAGGAACAUCAGCCCAGCGAGCAGAGCUGAUAGCUCUGACGCAAGCAUUAAAACUGGCUGAGGGGAAGAAACUCAGUGUAUACACAGACAGUCGGUAUGCCUUCGCUACCGCCCAUAUCCAUGGAGAAAUAUAUCGGCGGCGAGGGUUAUUAACCUCAGAGGGAAGAGAGAUCAAGAAUAAGACUGAAAUCUUAGCCUUAUUAAAGGCCCUCUUUCUGCCAAAGAGACUAAGUAUAAUACAUUGCCCUGGUCACCAAAAGGGAGACCAUCUAGAGGCAAAAGGAAACAGACUGGCAGACGAAACUGCUAGGAAUGCAGCUUUAGGCCCCCAGCUCCUGGUGACUACUCUAUUGCCCCAAAAGGCCACAAAGACUUCCAUUGACCCUGAUGAACAAUGGGUGUACGAGGACAAGGACCUAGACAUUGUACAAAACCUAGGGGCUAACUAUAACUCAGCAGAGAACACCUGGGAAUACCAAGGGACGACAAUAAUGCCACUCAGGAAUGCCAAGGAAUUGAUUAAGUCCCUGCACAGGCUCACACACUUAGGGACAAAGAAAAUGAAAAACCUCUUGGAUCGAGGGGAAGGAAAUCUAUACUUGCCCCAUAGAGACUCUCUUAUUAAGCAAGCAGUAGAAAAUUGCCAAGCCUGUGCCCAGGUGAAUGCAGGCAAGAUCAACACAGGAGCUGGGGUACGGGCCAAAGGACAUAAACCUGGGACCAAUUGGGAAGUGGACUUUACGGAGAUCAAGCCUGGUAUGUAUGGAUACAAGUACCUUUUGGUUUUUGUUGAUACCUUCUCUGGAUGGGUAGAAGCGUACCCUACCCGACAUGAAACGGCCAAAGUUGUGGCAAAGAAGCUGUUGGAAGAAAUUUUUCCGAGGUAUGGUAUCCCAGGGACCAUUGGAUCAGACAACGGGCCUGCCUUCACCUCUCAGACCCACUUACGCGCAUUACAGUUAGUCCAAAAUGAAGUCUGGAAGCCCCUAGCGGCAGCCUACAAGGAACAACUGGAGAAACCAACAGUGCCACACUCCUUCGAGAUAGGGGACACCGUCUGGGUCCGCAGGCAUCAGAACAAAAACCUUGAACCUCGCUGGAAAGGACCUUACACCGUCUUGCUGACCACCCCUACCGCCAUCAAGGUAGACGGCAUUGCAGCUUGGGUCCACGCAUCCCACGCGAAGGCUGCACAUCCACAAGACUCCACCCCUGCACCCCAGAAAUCAACAUGGAGGUUACAACGCACCCAAAACCCACUAAAGAUAAGACUUUCACGCUGUUAAUUAUCUUAGCUUUGUUUCCCAUGAUGUCCUAUGGCAGUCCACAUGUAUCCAGAAAUCUAGUUUGGUUUAUUCACAAUAUUGAAACUGGAAAGAAACUGGUCCUGGCUCAAGGGCAUCAUGCCCUAAAUACCUGGUGGCCGGACUUGACUUUUGAUCUUUGUAAAUUAGCUGAAGGAUCUUGGGAACACACUCAGAAAACCAAAGGGGACUCCUAUCCACCCUGCAGAUUCCGAUCUUGGUAUUUUUGCCCCGGGCGCACCCGUACCUAUCAAUGUGGGGGGCCAGAGGCCUACUAUUGUGCCUCAUGGGGUUGUGAGACUAGUUCAAAUGGGUAUUGGCUCAAGGGAAAACCUAGAAAUGACUACGUGCAAUUUUCAGAGACAAUCCCAGGUGAAUCUAAUGUAACUAUCAGAUUUACCCAGGAAGGAAGGAAACAGAUAGCAUGGCUCCAAGGGUACUUAUGGGGGGUUCGUCUAUACACUCGGCAAGGCGAUCCAGGGCUCCUAUUCCGAAUUCAGGUAGAGGCUAAAGAAACAAAAACCCCAGUAGGCCCCAAUUUGGUUCUUGGAGACCAGCGGGUACCCUCAGUCCCCGAACAGAAAGAACCCUCCAAGGCCGUACCCCCACCUACUAGCCCUGCGUCCACACCAACAGAUAGCGUCCUUCCUAGAACCCCCUUUGUUGAAUCUCCUCCUCCAGGCCCUGGGGAUCGGCUGUUGCGCCUAGUCCAAGGAGCUUUCCAAGCCCUUAAUUCCACUAGUCCAGACAAAACCCUAGACUGAUGGUUAUGUCUAGCCUCUAGCCCACCUUAUUAUGAGGGAAUUGCCACUACAGCUAGUUGGACAAAUAGUAGUACCCCUAAUAGUAAGUGUUCCUCCCUACCUAGCUCUAAACUUACAAUCCCUGAAGUCAGUGGGCAAGGCCUAUGUAUAGGCAAGGUACCUAGGUCACAUCACUCCCUUUGUAAUCAGACCCUCCCAACUCAGGACGGCCACCAAUAUAUCUGGGGACCUAAUGGGACCUACUGGGCAUGUAACACAGGACUGACCCCUUGUGUGUCCACUGCCAUUCUAAAUGUCACAACCGAUUUCUGUGUAUUAGUCCAGCUAUGGCCUAGGAUAUCCUACCUACAAUCAGAGUAUGUUCUGGGUCACCUAGAAGGCCAAAAGAGGUACCCCCGGGAACCCAUUAGCCUGACCAUAGCUCUGUUACUAGGAGUAGGGGGAAUUGCUGCAGGAAUCGGUACAGGAACAGCUGCAAUAGUACAGGGAAAUCAAUACUUAUAUCUACAGGCCGCCAUGAAUGAGGACCUAGCUGCUAUGGCAAAAUCUAUUACAGCCCUAGAAAAAUCUCUUACUUCCCUUUCUGAAGUUGUGUUGCAGAAUCGAAGGGGAUUAGACCUACUGUUCCUACAGGAAGGUGGUCUUUGUGUGGCCCUAAAGGAACAAUGCUGUUUCUAUGCUGACCAUACAGGAGUAGUCAGAGAAACCAUGGAAAAGGUAACAGAAAGAUUAGCCAAACGGCAGAAAGAAUUUGAGGCACAACAAGGAUGGUUUGAACAAUGGUUUAGUAAGUCCCCCUGGUUGACUACCUUGCUAUCUACUAUAGCUGGCCCUCUGAUAAUUUUAAUACUAAUUUUCACCUUUGGGCCCUGCAUCUUGAACAGACUAGUACAGUUUAUGAGGGACCGUCUUUCCACAAUCCAAACUAUGGUCCUUACUCAACAGUACCAAAUGAUUAAGCAAACUGAUGAAUACUCUCCAUAACCGAGGCAGGAUGGACAAAUGGAUAUAGGAUUCUAUCCAUGAUAAAGAAAAAG